AUGUCUUAUGAACUGGUAAGUAGUACAUUUUGUGAUCGUUAUAAUGUUGAAAAUUUAGGGUUUGAACUCUCUGUACAGCGUCAAAGGUAUUACAUUGAUGGACAACGAUGGAAACCGGAUUUUAGCUAAAGUAAGUUGUACUUUUUUAGAGUUUAACUUUGCGUUUAGUAUUACGACAAGGAAUUAUUCCCAACACAGAAGGAAGAGCACAAGUUUGAGAAGAAUUUGUUCCAGAAGACCCACAAAGCUAACUGUAAGUUAUGGAGGUUACUUAUGGAUGUGUAAUUAGUAAAAAGAUAAGGUUUAUUGUAUUUUCUAUGUUUUAUUAUAAAAGGUUAUAAACACUCGCAAUCUUAUGAUAUUUUAGCUGAGAUUAUUCUGUUGGACGGUCUAAUCUGUGUCUACCGCUCUAAUGUUGAUGUAUUCUUCUACGUUAUCGGCAGUCAUCAAGAGAACGAACUGAUUCUUGUUGCCGUUCUGAACGCGUUGUACGAUGCCUUUUCGACUGUGUUGAGAAGAAACGUUGAGAAGAAGACCAUCUUGGACAACAUGGACUUGUCGAUGCUGAUUCUGGAUGAGACCUGUGAUGACGGUGUAGUUCUGGAGACAGAUGCUCAAGCUAUUGUUAGCCGAUGUGCUUUGAAACCAGAUGAUCUUGCUUUUGGAGAUCAAUCUAUUAGUCAGGUUGGAAUGUCGGUAAGUAAUUUGCAUCUUACAAUACAUUUCUGAAAGAAUUUGCUUUUUUAUUACCUAAAAUUUUAAUAUUUUUAUUUUCAGCUCCUCGGAUCUGCUAAGGACCAACUCAAGUGGUCGCUUCUCAAAUAA